AUAAUCAAUAGCUCAUGUUAUUUUAGUGCAAUCUAUGGAAGAAAUGUGUAAGAUUUUAGAUUGUAUUGAUUAUUAAACUUUUUAUUUGUUACUGUAAUACUCAUGUUUUAUUUAAUUUUUUAAAAUAUCACUUUACAUAGAAAAUGUUAAUAAAAUUGUUUUUUCUCUUUAGUUAAUAAUUUUUUAAAGAAGAUGGAGGAGCAAUCCUGUAUGAAAAUACCUUUAACUUUAUAAAUUUAUAAAUUGGUUCUUUCCAAAAAAUAAUUGAUUAUAUGCAUACAUAUGGUGGUGGUAUACACAUCACCAUAUUAUCCCGAACACCAUCAUUGUCAAUGGCAGCAGCUGCCACAACUCCUGCAACAAUAACAACAACAACAACAACAGCAUCUUCGUCAUCAUCUGCUACAAGUGCAGCUGCUGCUGAUUUGUCAUAUGAGGCUUUUAUAGCCUACAGGAGGAGUCAACCAGGACCCAUAUCCUACAGGGCCCAUAGGAUAUGGGUCUCAAAUAAUGGGGCAGAUCUCCCCUCUUUUCGUUGGGGGAGAAGAAAAAGAAAUGGGAGGGGGGGGGGUGUUACGUAUAAUUAUAAUUAUAAUUGAUUAUACAAAAUAUAUACAAAUAAAUAAAAUAAAAUUUUACAAUAAGCACUGUUGUUUUUCUUUACCCUUCCUAAGAUAAAUUUUGCCAAUGUUGGAAAUGAUUUUAAACAAUAAAGGCGUUUAUGACUUUUUUAUUUAACAUAUGGGUGCCUUACAGUAAAAAGUACCAAUCUUCUGAGUUACUGAUACAGUUGCAUAGAGUCAGGAAUAAGUCACAAAAUAAAACAAAAAUUAGCUUGAUAGCAUCAUUUUUAAAAGUUCUACAUAGUUUUUCAUGGAAGUGUUUU